CAUUAUCCCUCUGUUGAUAUCCCCUGUGUCCAGCUAAGUGGGAACUAUAAGUCCCAGUAUCCCUCCAAUAUUAUCACUUGAGUGUCCAGCCAUGAGAAAUAUCCAGCUGCAGGUUCCUGAGUACCCUUGCCUAUGCUAUCCAAACUUUAACACAAUUACUGGUGGCACAUGAUUUAGAGUGGAAGGGAUGUGUAUGUCCAUAUGAAUCUGUGUACCCUGUACAAAAUGUGGAAAAUAAAAUUGACUCAAUAGAAAAUAAAUCUUUAUACUCAACCCCUAACCAUAACUGUUCCUUAACCAUUACCCAUCUUUCCUCUAGGUAAACUCCAAACCUGAAUUAUCACCUGACCUAUCUGGUAGACCUCUUACUUGAUGAGACUUUGGUAAUGUCAUCUUGGGUCAUCUCCAGACGACAUGGCAAACUCUUUCUCCUCCUCACAAGGGUUGGAUCCAGAUGUCCUGGGAAAGGGCCCACAAACCCCUGGAGAUCUUAUGAUAUAUUCUCUGGAGGAUCUCAAAGGAUGUGACUUCAAGAAAUUUAAGAACAAAUUGUCUGAUUUUCCCUUUGGAGAUAAACUUCCCAUUCCCAGAGGAAGACUAGAAAAUGCAGACUGGAUCACCACCAAGGAUGUCCUGAUAAACACAUAUGGAGAAGAAGGGGCUCUGGAUGUCAUGAUUAAAGUCUUUACUCUGACUGAUUUGAUGGGACCUGCAAAUUACCUCCAGGAGAGAAGAGCACACAAUGCUAAACUGAAGAAUAUGACACAGAGCAACAAGUUAUCAGAAUUGGCAAAAGAAUACAGAGAGUCUGCGAAGGGGAUACUUCAGAGGAUUAAAGAAUAUAAUUCACGUAUGGGAGAGUCUAUUAAUCUACGGAAAAGAUAUACCAAGUUAUUCAUGAGAAAUGGACCCCCAAAUAAAAAGGAAAAAGAACAAGAAAUAAGGAGUACAGGCAGAAGACAUCUACAGGUCAUGGAGAAAAGAUCUUCUGACGAAUACUCCCCAACCACAAUCCAGGCCCUCUUUGACCCCGAUGAAGAUGGUUGUAUCCCCAACAUUGUGGUGUUACAAGGACCUGCUGGGAUUGGUAAAACAAUGACCUCCAAGAAGAUCAUGCUGGACUGGGCCUUUGGGAAUCUCUACCAAGACAAGUUUGACUUUGUGUUUUAUUUGAGCUGUAGAGAAAUCAACACCAUCAAUAGAAACAUAAGUCUUGUGGAACUUUUAUCCAGAACCUGCAGACUACAGUGUUCAGAUGACCUGGUGUCUAUUCUGAAGGAUCCUGAAAGUCAUAGAAAGCUUCUCUUUAUAGUUGAUGGGUUCGAUGAACUAAGGUGGACUGUGGGGGAAGAAUCGGAGACUUGUAAUGAUGUCUUUGAGGAAACCCACAAAGAAAUAAUUCUUCAAAGAUUGCUCAGGAAACAGAUUCUCCAACAAUCUUCUCUGAUCAUCACUACAAGGUCACUGGCUAUAAAUAAACUUGACACGUUCAUUGAUUCUCGCAACGUGGAAAUUCAGGGGUUUACAAGGGAAGAUCGAGAGGAAUAUGUCCAUAAAUUCUUUGGAAAUAAAGAAGAUGCAGACAAGGUUCUCAGUAUAAUAAAAGACAAUGAAGUUGUGUACACUAUGUGUGCUGUCCCCAUCAUAUGCUGGAUUGCAUGCACUGUAAUGAAACAAGAAAUAAAAAAAGAUUUGGGUUUAAUUCAAUUUAAAACAAUGACUUCAAUUUACCUUCUCUACCUGGAGGUUUUAAUAACCCAUCACAGCAAGAAGGACCCGUCUGUACACUGGAUACCUCAGGCCAUACACACCUGUCUGAAGAAGCUGUGUGCUUUGGCCAAUGAGGGAAUUUUGAACCAACAAAUCUUAUUUGAGAACAAAGAUCUAGAAAGACAUGGACUUUCUCUGUCUGAGGUGGAGUCGGUAUUUCUGAAUGAGAACAUCUUUGACUGGGAAGUCCGCACCCAGACUUGUUACAGCUUCAUCCAUCUGAGUGUACAGGAGUUCCUUGCUGCUCUGUAUUAUGUGCUGGAUGAUGGUUCUGGAUUUACAAAAAUCACUUUUCUUCCAGAGAUUUGUAAGGGGAAAUCACUAGAUGGCUUUAGUUCAGGUUACCCACAUUUAGCUUUAGCCGUACAAUUCCUGUUUGGUCUCUUAAAUGAAAAGCAGGUUACGACAUUCUCAGAGAGCACAGGCAUCAACAUCUCACUACGAGCAAGAUCUGCAAUGAAAGAAUGGACUGUGAAGGAUAUUAAGAAGGUUUUCCCUACUUUUGUUAUCUUCUGUCUUUAUGAGACUCAGGAUGAUGACAUCAUUAGAAGCGUCAUGUCUAAAUCAAGUUUAUUGCUACAUGGCUCACGUACUGGUCACUUGUGGAUGAACACUAAUUAUUCCAAGCAGCUGAGCUAUUGUUUGAAGACUUUGAAGAGCGAAUGUGUUCAGUCUUUAUAUUUUGGAUCGCUCACUGUGGAUCCAGAGUGCCAGAAAAAUCUAUCUCCAUUACUACACCUGUGUCAAGAGGUCAGAUUUCAAGAUUGUAUUAUUUCCCGUAAAAAUUGUAUGGGAGAAGGCAAAGCAGAAGAUGAAGAAGUUCCCUCCUCUUCAGAAGAUGAAAUGAAACCUUCUACUAUUUCCUGGCUGAUUAACCCUGAGAGUAAAAUUCGGAAGUUAUGUUUCAAUGGAUGCGAUUUGGCCCCCUUUCGCUGUGAUGAUCUCCAUUCCAUUCUUACCACUAACCGAUCCCUCAUCAAACUGGAUUUAACACAUAUCAAUCUGCAAGACUCUGGAAUGAAAUGUCUGUGUGAGGGACUUACACAUUCAGACUGUAUCCUACGGGAACUGAGAGUCUGUGACAGUAAAGCAACAUUAUUGUGCUUUGAUGAUCUUUGCUCAGCUAUCACCACAAACCAAACUUUGACCAGACUGGAGGCAACAUUGGAUGUUAAUGAGAAGAUGUCGGGCUCAGAAAUAGAUCAUCGUUGUGAGGUCCUACAACAAGCGGGUUUCACUGUGUAUCGAGACAUAUAUCGGGGGGGUAGACACUGGGUUAGUAUUUUUUACAAAAGAAGAUGGUCCUCGUGAAGCCGUCUCCUCCUCUGCAGAUGAUUCUACUGAGAGAUAUCUACUGAAUGUUAUUCUGGAAUGAUCUGAGCAGUGAUCUGUCAUUUCUCCAAUUCCACCAUUUUAUAUUGUAUUGUUACUUCUUAACGUACUCAUUACUACAAACUAAUUUGAUUUUUGGAUCUUCACGCCACCACUGAUGAGACUUCACUUUGGGAAAUUCCUGUUCAUGACAUGAAGAUUCAAUUAGAAGACACUUAAUACACAGUGACAGUGCAGUGAGAACGGUAGGGGUGAUCCCCAUCUUUCAUCCUAAUUCACCUCUGAGGACACACAUAUGCCACAUACACACGAUCGGAAAUUCCGACAAGAAAAGUUUGAUGGGAGCUUUUGGUCAGAAAAUUCCGACCG